GACACUAGGGAUCCCGAGCCUGGCGCGAGCGCAUGAACGACCGCAGCUACCGAUCGGUGUGUGCGCUGCUUCUACCGGCGCUUGCAUUAGCGCUGCUUGUCGCAAAUUGGCAAGCAGGUGCCGCGCUGCGCUCGGGUGCCCAGCGUUUGUUGCAUGAAGAUCGUAGCGACGAACCAAGCCGCGACCAACGUCGACGCCACCCAGAUCCUCCAGGACCGGGCCGCUCGGUUGCAGGGGGAGGGCGCGCGGCCGCGGAAGCUCCAGGAGGCCGACGCCACCGCCGACCGGGCGCUCAAAGCGCUCGAGGCGCUGCCGGGCAGCCGCUACGACGCCGCGGCGACGGCCGCGGCCGCGCUGGCGGGCGCCGACCUCGGCCUCACGCGGAACGAGCGCCUCGCGGUGCUGAACGUGGCGCCGACGAACGCCGCCGUCGUCGGGGGCGUCGUCGACAACGACACGCGCGAGCCGCGCCUCGACGACGCGCAGGUGGCCAAGGUGUGCGCCGUCGCCAAGGAGCUGCGCGCGUGAUGCUCCGGUGCGUCCCACGGCGCCUGCUGGCGACGAAGGCCUGCUCGCCGGGCGACGUCAUGAAGGCCACGCGCGUCUUCACGCGAGAAGACCUCGACGCCUGGGCGCGGCUGACCGGCGACGCCAACGCGAUCCACGCGCGGCCGGUCCCGCCCUUCGAGGCGCCCAUCGUGCCCGGGCUGCUGCUCGCGGCGACGUUCCCGGCCGUCUUCGCGCGCCACCACCCGGGCGCGGUCUACCGGACGCAGUCCCUCCGAUUCGACAAGGCCGUGCCCGUCGGCGCGGAGGUCCUGUCCGAGAUCGCAAUCGGCGCCGUGCGCGAGGCGCGCGCGGGGGCCUUCGCGACGUGCGCGACGACGCUGCGGCUCGCGGCGACGGGCGCGCUCUGCGUGAGCGGCUCGGCGCGGCUCUGGCUGCCCUUCGGCGGCGACGAUGGUAAGGGGUAGUCCCGGCCCUAUGCUGGAGUCAUUACUGCCA